AGCAAGUGUUUUGUUUGGUUGCUUAUUUUUAUUUUAAUCACGUGAUUGCAUCUUUAACUUUCUGAACUCUAACCUCAAUCUCUUCCUUAAAGUCCGUUCCCUGUUUUUAAAUCUCUCUGUAUCUCAAUCUCUGUCUCUCGCGCUCUGCCCCUUUGCUCCCCACUUCUGUUCCUAUGUCUCCCAUGUUUUGCCCGGCAGUGUCCCAUCUCUGCUCCUUCAAGGUCUCUCCUUUGCCCCCAUAUCCCUGUUUUCUUAGCCUCUGAUUCUCUGCUUCUUACUGUCCCGCUUUAUGUUCCUCAGUGUACUACUCCUCCUUGUCUCUCAGUUUUCUUCUUUUUCCUUCAGUCUGCCCUUUCGGUUUAUUACUGGAUUUGCAAUUUCCAUUAAAAGAAUUCCUUAUCAUUGUUAUUAGCAUAAACUUCAUAUUUCCCCCUCCCUUGGAAGCCCCAAGGAGAUGUCUCUACCAUUCCACAUUUUCACCUGCUCUCACCAAGUCGAAACUCCCGGUAUAGGGCUGUACCAUUUACAAACACAUUGGUGUAGAAUCACUAAUGAAAAUAUUGUGCCAUUUCAAAUCCUUUCUCUUUAACAAAAUGCAUCCUUCCAAUAGAGGACUAUAUCACUGCAACUUCUCCAAUCCCCCUGUAAAAUCUCUCUGCAAAAGCGUUCACCUUCCCACCAUCUUCCCCUUCCUUCGCUGCCACGGUGGUACAGCCCAGUCUGGGGCUCGGAACCUGGGGCAUCCUUCUUCCUGUACGGAAUCGAGCGGGUUUUCAAGAUGGCGGCUCUCUACAGAAACCGCGCCAGGGGGCAGCCAUAUUGCCUCCUGAACAAAGCCGUCCAAGCAGCGGAAUGGGCAGAACCGCCCGGUACGGAACAGCGCAGCCUCGGGAGCCCGGCGCUUGGCUAGCCAACAGGAAGUGGGGGGUUUCCCCAAUAUGGAUGUGACAGUCGUCCCCGUUAAGCUGUGAUGGGCAUUUCGGGACCUGAAAGUCGAGCUGGGGAUCUGUUUUGAUACAGCUGGGGGUACCCCAUAUAAAACAGUCUUCCUGUCAUGGGAGCCCCCGCUUCCUCUGAAUCGGUUCAGCCCUGUCCACGAGACUCAUCCUGGGACUGAGAAAAAUUUACCCGCAUCUGCCCUUUUGGAAGAGAGCAGAAUAUGAUGAAGUCACAGGGGUUAGUAUCAUUCAAGGAUGUGGCUGUGGACUUCACCCAGGAGGAGUGGCAGCAACUGGACCCUGCUCAGAGGACCCUGUACAAGGAUGUGAUGCUGGAAAACUACAACCACUUGGUCUCAAUGGGGUAUCCAGUUUCCAAACCAGACAUCAUCUCCAAGUUGGAACAAGGAGAAGAUCCAUGUAUCAUAAAGAGAGACAUAUCAAAUUGGAUGUAUCCAGAUGAAAAUCAGGCAGAUGGGAGACAAGGUAGGAAGAGUAACCUUCACAACUCCCAGUCAUAUAUUUUGGGUGCUGUUUCCUUCCAUAAUAAAAUAUUGAAAGGAGUCACAAAGGAUGGUUCAUUUUACUCGAUUUUAAAAGUCUGUCAAGGUGAUGGCCAGCUUCAGAAAUGUAAGGAAAAUCAAGACAAACUUUUCAGGCAAGUCACAUUUGUCAGCAGCAAAACAGUAACUGAGGCAUCAGGACAUAAGUAUAUUGCAUUGGAAAAAACAGAGCCAGAUACAUCAAGACAAAGACUGCAUAAAUAUGAUGCUUUUAAAAAGAACUUAAAACCAAAUAUUGACUUGCCUACUUAUAAUAAGAACAAUUUAAGAAAAAACCUUGAUCACAGUUUUGGAUGUGGAAAAUCAUCUACCCACAGUGAAUCCAAUUCUAAUCUUGAGAAAAUUCACAAUGGAUUAAUACCCUGUAAUGAUUAUCAGUGUGGAAACAUUUUUAAAAGUAAACAAUCCCUUAUUCAAUAUCAGAAUGUUGAAACUAGGGAGAAAACCUGUGUGUGUAGUACAUGUGGAAAAGCCUUUGCUAAGAAGUCACAGCUUAUUGUGCAUCAAAGAAUUCAUACUGGAAAGAAACCAUAUGAUUGUGGUGCAUGUGGAAAAGCCUUCAGUGAGAAGUUUCAUCUUGUUGUACAUCAGAGAACUCAUACCGGGGAGAAACCUUAUGAUUGUUCUGAAUGUGGAAAAGCCUUCUCUCAGAAAUCAUCCCUCAUUAUACAUCAGAGAGUUCACACUGGUGAAAAACCAUAUGAAUGUAGUGAAUGUGGGAAAGCCUUCUCUCAGAAAUCACCUCUCAUUAUACAUCAGAGAAUACACACUGGGGAAAAACCCUAUGAAUGUAGAGAGUGUGGGAAGGCCUUCUCUCAGAAGUCACAACUUAUUAUACAUCAUAGAGCUCAUACUGGAGAGAAGCCAUAUGAGUGUACUGAAUGUGGGAAAGCUUUCUGUGAGAAGUCCCACCUCAUCAUACAUAAAAGAAUUCACACUGGUGAGAAACCCUACAAAUGUGCUCAGUGUGAGGAAGCCUUCAGUAGGAAGACAGAACUCAUUACACAUCAGUUAAUUCAUACUGGGGAGAAGCCUUAUGAAUGUACUGAAUGUGGGAAGACAUUUUCCCGGAAGUCACAGCUCAUCAUACAUCAGAGAACACACACUGGAGAGAAACCCUAUAAAUGCAAUGAAUGUGGAAAAGCCUUCUGUCAGAAAUCACAUCUCAUUGGACAUCAGAGAAUUCACACAGGAGAAAAACCUUAUGUAUGUUCUGAAUGUGGGAAAGCCUUCUCUCAGAAGUCCCACCUCCCAGGACACCAGCGAAUUCAUACAGGAGAGAAACCUUAUAUAUGUCUUGAAUGUGGAAAGGCCUUUUCCCAGAAGUCAGACCUUGUUUUACACCACAGAAUUCAUACUGGGGAAAGACCCUAUCAGUGUGCUGUAUGUGGGAAAGCCUUCAUCCAGAAGUCACAACUCACUGUACACCAGAGAAUUCAUACAGUGGUAAAAUUGUAAUGAACUUACCACAGAAAAUCUUUCAGUAUUAGCUCGAGCCUUAAUAAUUACCAGAAACCUAAUUAAUUUGGUAAACUUGGGAAAAACUGCUCUACAGAUCAAAUUUAGCAAAGGAGUUUAUGUUUCUGGUGCGGUACUGCCUAACUUUUUCAGAAAUGAUGAUGGAAAAUAAUUAUGUAAGUGAAAGGCAUUUUAACAUGACAUGUAAAGCUUUUAAAAUUAUGAAUUGAAUGAUUAGUAGAACAAGUUAUGUAUACAGAAUAUUGUCAAGUUACAUAUUAUUAUACUACAUAACAAUCAGAUGUGAAGUUACUAAUAUUAGCUUGACAUAAUUAUGGACAUAAAGGAAUGUUCUAUAAAAGACAUGCAAGAAAGCUGGAGUAAAAGACAUAACAAAACAUCAAUUCUUAGAAAUUGUAAUUUAAGAACAGGCUUGAGCAUGGCUCCUAAAGCUGCACACAUAUAAAAUUCUUGUACAAAGAUGGAAAAGAGGGAUUGAUCAGAUUCAAUAAAUUUGAUGUAUAUACAUUUUCCCAUCUGAAACAUAUAAAUUGACCUGCAUCUCUGGAAGAACCCCAGAACUUGACAUUCAUGCAUUUUGACCAGCUCUGGCUUUAUUUUCCCAGACGGGGAACUUGUGGUAGAAAGACUGUGGUAGUGAAGACAGAUAGUUUUAAUCCUAGCUCAAAAAUUGACAGAUUAUGUGACUUCAGGCAAGCCUACUGUUGGAUGAUCAAUCUUGCAUGAUUGGCAACAAGACCUAACUUAAAUACAUUCAACAAGGAAAAAGAACAUGGAAUAGAAAGGUAGAACUGGCUGUGAACUCCAUUUCUACCACUCCUCCAGAGUGGCUAGGUAUGUCUGAAGGCAUCGCUUCUCAACUCUGAUCCACAGGUUGCUCUCCACAUCACCUCCAACGAGGUGUUGGGUUGGAGAGAACUUUGCAAUAUGCUGCCACAAGAUGAGUGGAUUUUAUGACUAGAUAAGGGAGAAUGGGAGUUGGAAUUUAUGUCAGUGGCUCCCUUUACAAUAACAAUAACUCCCGAUGUCAUUGUCUAAUGUUUCCAUUCUUCUUACAGUUUCCAGGAAUUCUUCCUCUGUUGAGAUUUCUUCUACCCACUUGGACUCUUCAGAUACCUAUAGUGCUUGUUUUCCCAUAUCUACUUUUUCUCAACUUCUACCUCAAUCUAUUCUGGUGUCAGGUGUCUUGUCCUUUAUCAUUGUCCUUGCUCGGUGUUACUUUUCCCCCCU